UAUCGCCCAUCUCUAUUGCUCUAGGGAUUCCAGGUUAAAUGCAUUUGUUUAGGGCUUAGAACAUGUAAAUAAACGAAAAAAAUGACUUUAUAUCGCCCGCGAGGUACGUUGGCCCGUGUCAUCCAUGCCAAAUUCCACAACGACAAUUCUUUGGAGAACAUAGACACCACAAAGUGGUAUUCCCUGGCGCACGAGUUGCCGCCUAGAUUUCAAUCCAAGUUCGUGCCCCUCGAACCGGAUGCCACCACCGUUAGUUGGCUGGAACGGGCCAAGGCCCUCUCGGCAAACAUUUGGACCCACCUGUGGCAUGCCCUAGCCAGGUCUAUCCUCCAGUUCUUCAUGACCCAGACGGACAUCAACGGAUUCUUAAAGCGUGGGUCGAUGUUUAUCCUGUCGGAGGCACAAUUUCACAAACUGCUCGUGGCUGGUGGAUUCUCACCGAAUCCUGGACCUGAACCCGUCACCCUGCUGGACAUUGGAGCUGGAGACGGAGAAAUCUCGCUUCGGGUGGCCAACACUGUCUCAGAGCUCAGUGGCACUGCUGGACUCCGAGUUUUUGCCACAGAGGCCAGCUGGACUAUGCGGGAACGUCUCAAGAAAUUGAAUUUUAAUGUAAUUACGGAGAUUGGAGGAAUGCAACACGUCGAGUUGAUUUUAUGCCUUAACGUGCUGGACCGGUGCUUUGAUUCUUUCCGGCUUUUGGAGGAAAUACACGAUGCACUAGCUCCCAAUGGACGAGCCGUUGUAGCAUUAGUUCUUCCCUACAUGCACUAUGUGGAGACCAAUACAUCGCAUUUACCGCUGCGUCCUCUACUCGAAAACUGCAACAACGGUCGGCCGACUUCGUUCGAGGAAGAAGCCAACAGAUUCCUCGAGCUGCUGGAGAAUUGCGGAUUCCGGGUAGAGUCCUGGACAAAGGCACCUUAUUUAUGCGAGGGGGAUCUGCACCAAUCGUUUUAUUGGCUAAUCGACCUACUUGUUGUCAUUUCAAAGAAAACAUUUUAGAUCAAAGUUCAGAGGGCUACUUCCAAAUCUAGCAUCGUUCACAAAUCCUAAUGAAAGUAAAAUAAUCGUUUUUUCUUACCUCGUAAUGAGUGGCUGCGUUGAUAAACUGAGCAUUUAUACUUAUUAAAAAAUGUAGGCUAUGCAAA